UUGUGAUGUGAAAAAGCAUUUUCUGGGCCUACCGAUUUACGUACAUACAUAGUGAUUGGCAACUCUAUUUACGCAUGCUAUGUUUUCUUCGAACAGUGAAACAUCCACUGAGCCAUAAUUAAUUGUGAUAAUGGAAGGAUGUACCUUGAACGCGGCCCAUGCCGCGGAACGAAGGGCCGAGGCGUUAGUCCACGAGAGGAGGUUUGAGGAGGCCGCGAGGUGUCACGAACAAGCUGCCCAGCUAUUUUCUGAAAUCCAUAUAAAGAUACAAAUGCCUAACCUUGACAACGUACGGAGUUUCGACGUUGAGGAAUCUACCCGAAAUUCGGACCACUUGACAAGGUCAUCUCAAUUACACACUGCUGUCGAAUCCAUCCAGCUGCAACGAGAUUACCAUCGCAAACAGGCAGCAUUUGUUAGAAUGAAGCAGGUUCAAUACGAAGAGUACAAAUCAGCAUUGGAAACGCACGAAAAAGAGAUGCUUUCUAAGCAGAUUGUGAAGCAAUCCGCAAAACCGAGUACCAAGAACUUUGUCACUGUCGACAAAGAUGAGAAGUUUCUUCAUCAAGCUAUCGAUAGAGCAAUGGAUGAACAAGACAGUUUGAUAGAUCUAAUAUUGACACCGCAGAAUGACACCAUACCAGUAAAACGUCCGAAAGAUCCAGCUGUUGUGCUGGAAGAACUCCGAACAGUUAACGGCCAGUUGCGGUUAUUAAUUGGAACGCUAUUGAACCAGCUCGAUUCUAGUCAACAACAGAUUAAAGUACUCACUGAACAAUUGAGAGCAGCGACAGCCCCUGACAAGGAGUCCGACAACUCAAACAAUGAAGAUAGUUCAAUAAGUCUUUCCCCAUUGCCACCACUUGCCCCGCUGGAAAUGCCAUGUUUUGACUUUGCCACUCCGUAAUUGGGAAAAUAUUGCACCUUGGAUGUGCUUCAUAUUUAUCUCAUUAAAAUCAGUCAAAGUUUUUAUCGCGGUAAAAACAAGACUUAUGUAAGAGCAGACCAUUAUCAAGUGAUAAUCUCAUAAUAGUAUUAAAUAUUUAGGUAACAUAUGUA